UUAUGUAGGGUUUACUGAUCUGAGUUAUAGUUAAAUGCGAAAAGAUAGUUAAAAUGUUACCUGCUAAACAAACGAAGAAAAAAGAGAGACGAUCGCAUAAAAAAAGAAAAAUUCGCAAAGUACCUAGAUUCUCAAAGGAAUGACUUUGCUAGUUCAGGCAUUUGUCAGGAAUGGCCAAAUCCCCUGUAUCAUCUCUGAGAACGCUGCCAAAAUAUUUUAAGAAAUAAUACAAUACACUUUUGUGCACCGGUGGAUAAUUGCUAAGGACGGAUCAUAAACUGCUAUUAGUACAUAAAAAAGAAUUAGAUGAAGAAAUUGAUAUAUUUUUAACUACCUACAAUCCAUACGUAUCUGAAAAUUGCGCCGAAUUUGACAGAAAAACGAAGUCCUACAAGCAAAUUUUUGAUUUUAGAAAACCGGUAAUAUAUUACAAAAAUCAAGGCUCUAUUGAAAAACUGAUAUUAGCCUAUGGCAUUGCCUUUUCGGAGUCAGAAGCGGAAGAAAAAGAAGAAAAAAUGAGAAACAAAUUCAAUUUUCGAAGUGUAGAAACACAGACGGGAAAUUCGCGUACAUCGGAUCAAGGUAGUCAAAUAUUUUCUUCAGAAUUUCCUGUUUUGAAAUUUGAAGGAACAGUAUCCAGACUUGAAAUUAUAACAGCUUAUAGAGAAAAAAACGUAGAUAAAAAAGAAAAUUUGGAUGACACUCAGCAAAAAAGAGAAUGGAGUGAAGAGGAAAUGAAAAGUUUUCUCAAGCAGCUUGGGAGGAAGCAUGUUUUACUACAUGAAGGAAACUGCAACUUUCUUAGGUUGUGCGAAAGAAUGAUAGACCAGAAUUCGUCUCAAGCGAAUUUAGAUUUCAGGUAUUACGAUAAUCCAAAUGACGAAUUCUGUCCAGGCUUUGGAUCACUUCUUCCUCUUUGGAAUUUCUCCUGUCGAGCGGUGAAGGAUAUGACUGUAACUAGUAUAAGUUGGAACAGCUCAUAUUUAGACCUUUUUGCUGUAGGUUUCAGGAACUAUGUAACAGAAACGGACGCAGAAAAUGAAGAUAACCUUGGUCUCAUUCAAGAAGCUGGCUGUUUAUGUAUAUACAGUCUGAAGGGACCAUCGUAUCCCGAGCGAAUCAUAGCAUGCCCUUGGGGUAUUUGCUGCCUCGAAUUCCACCCCGAGUGGCCUCAUCUUCUGGCUGUUGGAUCUGUGGGAGGAUCGGUGGCCAUCUUCGAUUUAAGGAGAAAUGAGAACUCACCCGCAGGGUGCAAUUUGAAGUUCGAAAAAAAUGUGCACCGGGAUACUGUGAGUCAGGUGACAUGGCUACCAGAUCGCUUACCUCAAAAACUUUGUUCCGUGUCUAUGGAUGGGCAAAUUAUUAACUGGCUAUUCCUGCUGAAUGACUUGUUUUCGGCUGAUGUAGUCACUUAUAUGAGAAUAAAAGACUGGCCUCUGGAUGCUCCUCCUAAAGGUAUAGAGAUGAACAUCGAGCCUAAAGAGAUACAACUGGAAGACAUGGGUUUGAAAAUUAGUGGAACAUCAAUUUCUGUCAAUAAAAUUGACGAAGACUUGAUUGUUGUUGGCACGGAAAGUGGACGCAUACACAAGUGUUCUUUUGAAGAAAAGAGCAGUUUGAAAAGUUACGAUGACCACAAACAUUCCAUCCACAGCGUUCACUGGAAUUCAAUCCACCCCAGAGUGUUCUUGUCCUGCAGUGAAGACCUAAGUAUUAGGAUAUGGGACCAUACCUUAAAGGAAUCUGUUUUUGAAUUCUUUUUCGAAAAUGAAGUGAAAGACGUCUGCUGGGCUCCCUUUUCUUCUACUUUGUUUGCAGCAGUUUCAGGAAAUGCAACUAUUCACAUAUUCGACUUACUAUUGAAUAAGUUGGAAGCCAUAGGAACUUAUAUGGUAUAUACAGCUAAAGAGAAUAUAAAUCUUACUACACUAAAAUUUCAUCCGGAGCAGCCAGUUAUCUUAGCCGGAGACGAAAGAGGAAAAGUGAGUGCAUUUAAGCUGUCUCCAAAUCUAAGAUCAUCCCUUAAAGCUUUAGAAACACUGGAUAAAGAAAAAUUUAUUUCUGGUGAAAUUGAAAAAAUGGAAAAACUUCUCGCACCAGCUAAAGGUAAAAGAAAAUAAGAAAGAAUCAGCUGAUAUGUAUUUAAAGUCCUGCAAUGUCAACAUUUUGUUUCGCUGAAAAUCAAAUAAACAUUUGAGUUUUGGAGCAAA